AAUCAACCCGUGCACCGCCUCCCGCCGUCCCCGCGGGGCCUCCCGGUCGUCGGCAACCUCCACCAGCUCGGCGCGCUCCCGCACCGCGCCCUGCACGCGCUCGCGGCGUCCCACGGGCCCAUCAUGCUGCUUCAGCUCGGCCGCGUGCCCACCCUGGUUGUCUCCUCUGCGGCAGCGGCGCGGGAGGUGCUGCUCGUGCACGACCACGCCUUCGCCAACCGGCCCUCCCUCGCCGUCCCGACCCGGCUCCUCUACGGCUGCACGGACAUAGCCUUCGCGCCGAACGGCGCCUACUGGCGCCGGGCGCGCAAGCUCGCCGUGCUCCACCUCCUGAGCCCCGCCAGGGUGCGCGCCUACCGCCGAGUGCGGGAAGAGGAGGUGUCGGAGCUCGUCCGGAAGGUGGAGGAGGAGCAGAAGCUUCACGGCGUGGUGCGGCUGAGCGAGCUCUUGAGCGGCUUCGCCAAGGACGUGAAUGGGCGGAUCGUGCUCGGGGUGCGGGCCUCGGGCGGCACGGGGUGGCGCAGCAAGGUGGACGCGCUGAUGGAGGAGGCCAACGCGCUGCUCGGGGCGUUCCACGUCGGCGACUACUUCCCGUGGCUGGCAUGGCUGGCCGCUGUGGACGGGACGGACGCCAAGGUGGGCAGGGCGUUUGAGAGGAUUGAUCAGAUCCUUGAGGAGAUCAUCGUCGCUGCCGGCAGCGCCGACGAAAUGAGGGACGGACGAGCAGACGGAGCACCGUGCGGCGACGAGGCGUUCGUGCAUGUGCUGCUGUCGCUUCAGAGUGAUUCUGUCGGCCAUGGGUGGCGUUUCAGCAGGGACAACGUGAAGGCGCUACUGGAGGACCUGUUCGGAGCAGGGACAGACUCGACCAUCAUCGUCCUGGAAUGGGUCAUGGCCGAGCUGCUCCGCAACAAGCACUAG